UCUUUUUCUCCUCCCUCCUCCUCCCUCCCUUCCCACGCCCCAGUGCGCUGUGGGAUAGUGGCACUAUAAAGUAUAUCCUCUCUCUCUCUCUCUCUCUCUCGGAAGAAGAAAAAAAAAAAAGAUAAGAAGAAGAAGAAGCAACCGAGACACACUAAGCAAAGGAGGGGGAUGAAGAUGGCGGACGCCAAGCAGAAGAGGAACGAGCAGUUGAAGCGGUGGCUGGGCUCGGAAACGGACCUGGAGCCCCCGGUUCUGAAGAAGAAGAAGACGAAGGUGAAGUUCGACGAUGGCGCCGUGUUUCUGGCCGCCUGCUCCAGCGGCGAUACCGAGGAGGUGCUCCGUAUGCUGGACCGGGGCGCUGACAUCAACUACGCCAAUGUGGACGGUCUCACCGCCCUCCACCAGGCGUGCAUAGACGACAACGUCGACAUGGUGACUUUCCUGGUGGAACACGGAGCCGGCAUCAACCAGCCCGACAACGAGGGCUGGAUCCCCCUCCACGCCGCAGCCUCCUGCGGAUACCUAGACAUAGCAGAGUAUCUCAUCAGCCAGGGCGCCAACGUAGGAGUUGUGAACAGCGAAGGCGAGACGCCCCUGGACAUCGCCGAAGAGGAGGCGAUGGAGGAGCUCCUGCAGAACGAGAUCAACAGACAAGGGGUGGACAUCGAGGCGGCCCGGAAAGAGGAGGAGCGGGUCAUGCUGAGGGACGCCCGGCAGUGGCUCAACAGCGGCCAGAUCCAAGACGUCCGGCACGCCAAGUCCGGAGGGACGUCGCUCCACGUAGCUGCUGCGAAGGGAUACGUCGAGGUUUUAAAGCUUUUAAUCCAAGCAGGGUAUGAUGUAAAUAUUAAGGACUACGACGGCUGGACUCCUCUACACGCAUCGGCACACUGGGGCAAAGAGGAGGCGUGUAGGAUACUGGUGGAGAAUCUAUGUGACAUGGACCUCAUUAAUAAAAUGGGCCAGACGGCUUUCGACGUAGCAGACGAAGAUGUUCUGGGAUAUUUAGAAGAACUACAAAAGAAGCAAAAUCUGCUGAUGAGCGGAAAGAAAGAUGUCAAGAAAUCUCCUCUGAUUGAAACGACGACCACCGGAGAUAACAACCAAUCACUGAAGCCGCUAAAGAGCAAAGAAACGCUGCUUCUGGAGCCGGAGAAGACGGCCCCACGCAUCGAGACCUUAGAACCGGAGAAGGUGGAUGAAGAAGAGGAGGGGAAGAAGGACGAGUCGAGCUGCUCCAGCGAAGAAGAGGAGGAUGAAGACUCGGAGUCGGAGAAUGAAGCAGACAAGAGCAAGCCAUCGGCAUCGGUGAGCAACAACACGACGCCCACCGCGACCGGCAUCACGGUGUCACCUCCGACCAGCCCAACUAACCAGGUGACGACCCCCACUUCGCCGGUAAAGAAGGCCAUCCAGCCUGCCGGAAAGGUUUCAGCUAAAGUGGAGGAGGAGCGGAAAGACGAGUCUCCGGCGUCGUGGCGGCUGGGACUGAGGAAGACGGGCAGCUACGGGGCGCUGGCGGAGAUCACGGCCACCAAGGAGGCUCAGAGGGAGAAGGACACGACCGGGGUGAUGCGCUCUGCCUCGAGCCCUCGCCUCUCGUCCUCCCUGGACAACAAGGACAAAGAGAAGGAAAAGGAUAAAGGGACCCGGCUCGCCUACGUGGCCCCCACCAUCCCCAGGAGACUGGCCAGCACUUCAGACAUCGACGAGAAGGAAAACAGGGACUCGACUCCUCUGAUACGUAGUGGCUCAUACACCCGGCGACGCUGGGACGACGACCUGAAGAACAGCGAAGGAAGCGCCUCCACCAACCGAACCUCCAGCUACCAGCGCAGCACGUCCCACACGCUAGCACUAGGGCGGAGCGGCAGCACGCGGGACGUGCCGGCCAAGUCUUCGUCCACCUCCAGCUUGGACCCUAACACCUGUAACACUAAACCCUGGCAGCCACCCACCUCCCACUACCAGUCUUACAGCAUUUACCGCAGCGGCUCUUUUGGCAGAAGACACGAGGACCUGAGCUCCUCGACCACCUCCUCCACGACGACCACCACCACCUCCUCAUCUGUUACCUCGCCCACAGGCCACCGCGGCCUGCUCUCCAGCCUGGGCUCCUCCUCCACCCGCACUGGCUCCACCAGUCUCACCAGCAGGUACUGGUCAGAGGAGAGCGCCGAGAGGGAAAAGGAGAAGGAGAAGGAGUCCGCCGCUGUCAUCCCCACUAUAAACACUGGCUCCACCACCACCACGUCUACCACUACCACCACCGCCAUAUCUACCACUACCACCACCGCUGGCACCGUCACCGGCUCUGAAAGACGCAGGUCAUACCUGACGCCAGUCCGAGACGAGGAGUCCGAGUCCCAGAGGAAAGCUCGCUCCAGACAGGCUCGACAGUCAAGGAGGUCCACCCAGGGCGUGACUCUGACUGACCUGCAAGAGGCUGAGAAAACAAUCGGCAGGACUCGUCCCACAAAGACCCGGGAGGAGGAGAGGGAUGAGAGGGAGAAGCAGGACAAGGAGAAGCAGCAGGAGGAGAAGAAGGAGGUGGAGACCAAGGAGGACGAUUACCGAUCGAAGUACCGCAGCUUCGAAGAGCGCUACCGGCCUUCGACUUCGUCCUCCACCUCCGCCAUUUCCACAGCCAGCACUGCCUCCACCCCGUACUCUAGCACCACUUUGUCCUCCAGUUCCAGCUCCCUCAACAGGCCUAACAGUCUGACGGGGAUCACCUCCUCCUACAGCCGUUCCUCCAGAGACACGGAAAAAGAAAUGGACAGAAAGGAGGAGGAGAAGGAGGGAGAGGACAAGUCUCAGUCCCGCUCCAUACGGGAACGCAGGCGGCCCCGCGAGAAGAGACGCUCCACCGGCGUCUCCUUCUGGACACAAGAUGGUGAUGAAAACGACCCCGACCAGCAGUCCGACUCCGAGGAGGGCAGCAUCAAGGGAGAGCCACAGAGUGACAGAUUGUCCAGGAAUGAGAUCACUUCAUCCUUAGAUCGUAAUGACACUCUUUCUAGCCGUGGCUACGGUGAGAGUCGAAGGACGUAUUCAAGCCGACUGGACAGAGACGACACCACUGAUUAUAAGAAGCUCUACGAGCAGAUCUUAGCCGAGAACGAGAAGUUGAAGGCCCAGUUACGUGACACGGACCUGGAGCUGGCAGACUUGAAGCUACAGCUAGAGAAGGCCACACAGAGGCAGGAACGUUACGCCGACCGAUCACAGCUUGAGAUGGAGAAAAGGGAAAAAAGAGCUCUAGAAAGGAAGAUUUCUGAGAUGGAGGAGGAACUUAAGACGCUCCCAGACUUGAAAGCAGACAACCAGAGACUAAAGGACGAGAACGGAGCGCUCAUUCGAGUCAUUAGCAAGCUUUCCAAGUAGAACAGACCCCGCCCAACCCAGCCCGGCCCGGCCCGGCCCGGCCCCGUCUUCUGCACCCCCUCUAGCCCCCCAUGGCAGUGACUAAUGGAAUUGCACAUUUAGAUAUUAAUUGCAACAGACAUCAGAGACAAGACUCCUUUUUUCUUUUUGUUUUUGUCCUUUUUUUUUUUUACUUCUCCCAACUCCUUUUAUCUACCUUUUGCUCCACCACCACUGCAGCAUCCAUCCAUCCAUCCUCCACCACCACCACCACCUCCUCCUCCGACUAUAAUCCACUCGACCCCACGAUUAGAGAAACAGAGUUUACAGAGCAAAAAGAAAAAAGGGUUGUUUGAUGAUGAGCAUGUUUUAAAAAGCAUCGCGGGCGGGGAAGCCUGAAAACUAUUUAACCAAUAAGCCUUAGUUGUACAUAAACGAGAAAAAAAAAAAUCUCUCUCUCUCUCUCUCUCUCUCUCUAUAUCUCUCUCUCUCUCUCUCUCUCUCUCUCUCUCUCUCUCUCUCUCUCUCUCUCUCUCUGAUAUUAUCCGACACCUCCUGAUUUUAUUCGUGCCACAUCUUUUUGUUUCCUCUCCAUGUGUCGGUGUGCUGUGCCACUUUUGCCUCCCCCCCUCCUCACAUCAUCAGCUCCUCGUGGCCCUCCCCUCUCUCCACACACACUUUUUCUUUUUUAAACUUUUAUUUUGUACCUCUGUGUGUCUUCCUCCAAGAGGGAACUUUUUUUUUUUUUGGUUUUUGUUUUUUGAACUCGCUUUAGCGAAACGAGGCGGACCUGGUGGAAUUUAAGCUUUCACUGUAUGUGCAAUAUGCAUUUCUCUUUCUCUCUUUUUUUUUUUUUUAAAAACGCUUUAAUGAGUCCAUCACACGUAGGAUUUUUUUUUUUCACUCUUCCACCGCUUCCAUCGCUCACCUUCCUCCUCCUCCUCUUUUUUUUUUUUUUUUUAAGUUUGUAGUGUAGUCCGUGUAUACUCUGUAUUUCUCACUUUUUGUUUUAGCAGGUACUGAGUGAUGCUGUAUAUACCUGUAUGUAUUUGUUUGAGACCAGCACAUGGCAUGCGUUUAUGGUUCCCGUCUGUUACUAUUAAAAAGUAUACAAAUUCCAGAGGACAAAAAGGUGUGUUUUUAAUUCUUCUUUUUCUUUUUAUAGUCUAAAAGACAUUGGACGCAGUACAGUAGAGCCUCUUUCUCGUACACGAGACGCUCGGCGGUGUUCAGUGCUUCUUUUAUUUUUAUUUUUUUUCCAGUUUAAAAUUAAGCGCUCGCAUUUAAUUGUGAGAUAAAAGGAAAAAAAAACUUGCUUCACUACAUUUCACUUUCAUUGUACUCAGUAUCUUGGAAGAGUGCUGUUAAAUUUUUUUUUUUUUAAAGCUGUAGUAUUAUAGCCGAGGUGUUGUCACUAAAAUAUAAAUAAAAUAAAAAAAGAAUAUCUUAGGUAUCGCUAACCCAGUCCUUUUUACAAUGUCUACAUGCACUGUCGAUGCCAUGUGAGGAGUCUUCUUGAUGUCAGGUUUAAAAGCAAAGUCGCGCCACCAUCGAAUAUUUCAUGCAUCUGAAAACAUUUUAUGCAUUUCAGUGGCCUUUUAAGGAUAUUUUAGUAAAAAGAAGUUUAAAAAAAAAAAGUCACUGCAGAUGGACUGAUGAACAUCUACUCUGGUUUAGACUUUUUUUUUGUUUGUUUUAUUUUUCUUUCUUUUCUUUUUUUUUCCCGUCAUCUUGUAAAAUAGGUGUGUGGCUUAAUACAUGCAAGCUGUGCUGUGACUACCAACCACUGAAGAGUUCAUUAAAAAUAAACUUGUACAUUGUAAA